AUUGAAGACAAAACGCGGAAACGAGUGACAACGAUAGCUAUCCCUUUCACUUGUUAAAACUUGACAUCUCAGUCUGAGUCUCAGUUUCUCAUCUUUCUCUUCCCUCACACCAAUUUUCAGGACUUGAAGCAUGGCAGAUUCAAAAUCAGGAUUGAGGAAGCCCGUAUUCACCAAGGUGGAUCAGCUUCGCCCUGGGACAAGUGGGCACACUUUAACUGUGAAGGUGGUCAAUGCUAAGAUGGUGAUGCAGAAAGGUCGUUCUGAUGGUCCUCAGUCCCGCCAAAUGAGAAUUGCUGAAUGUUUGGUUGGUGAUGAGACUGGAAUGAUCAUAUUCACUGCCAGAAAUGAUCAAGUGGAUUUGAUGAAAGAGGGUGCUACUGUGAUCCUGCGAAAUGCCAAAAUUGACAUGUUCAAAGGAUCAAUGAGGCUUGCUGUGGACAAGUGGGGCCGAGUGGAAGUGACAGAACCUGCUAGUUUCAGUGUUAAGGAAGAUAACAACUUGUCUCUGAUCGAGUAUGAACUUGUGAAUGUUGUUGUAGAAUGACUUGUUGGGACAUCCUGGAAUUUCUUAUGAGAAUAAAACAAAUCCAGCAAAGAAAUCUAGCUUUGUUUCUUUUUGUAUCUGAGACAUCUAAUCAUGCUCUUCACAGUUCAGCUUAGUCUAGGAAUAGGAUUUGAGAAGCCAGUAGUAUCAACAGUUGCUAGCUUCUUUCCAGAUCAUAUUUUUUUGUUGUGCUAUCUAUUGACAUUUUAGAUUAUAUCUAUCUUCAUCUACAAUGGAUUAAAUAUUAUGUAUGGUUGGUGGGUGUUUAUACUUGAUA